CAGGAUUCAUUAAUUCCUUGCUUUUUGGGUGUAUCGAAUGUAAAGCAAUUAGAGUGCAGAGAAUUAAAACUUUUUUCGCAGCUUAUUUGGCGGAGUGUGACAAAAGGGAGAACAGUCAAAAAAAAAAAGUGACAGCCAUGGUUUAAACUCCUAUAAAUGUUAUAACUACAUUCAGGUAGUAUUUUAAGUUUUUAAUGCAUUUCUUGAAGCCUGGGAGGUGGGAAUACCAAUUCCCACACAACUGGGAAAACAGUUUUGUUUUGGGUUUUGUUUUUUUUCCCUUCAUCCUCUUGUCACAAAGUACGAGGGUGUUUACAGGAGCAGUUUGUACCUUCUUUUUCCUAUUUUCUUUGUUUCCUGGGGAAGGAGCGGGGAGCUGUGUGUCAUUCUGCUUUCCCUGAAGCCCAGGUGUUGUUUCCAGCGUCCAGGAAGGUGUGAGUGAGACAAGGGUGAUGAUGGAGUCGGUGGAGUUGCCGGCGGAGGGGAAUCCCCUGAUCAGAGCCGUCUACCAGAGCCGCCUGCGCCUCACCAGGCUCCUGCUGGAGGGGGGUGCCUACAUCAACGAGAGCAAUGACAGAGGUGAAACCCCCUUGAUGAUUGCUUGCAGGACAAAACAUGUGGACGCCCAGAGCGUCAGCAAGGCCAAGAUGGUUAAAUACCUGCUGGAGAACAAGGCUGACCCCAACAUACAGGACAAAGCUGGAAAGACAGCCUUGAUGCACGCCUGCUUGGAAAAAGCAGGCCCCGAGGUGGUGUCUCUGCUGCUGAAAAGUGGGGCGGACCCCAGCCUGCAGGAUCACUCCAGUUGCUCUGCACUUGUGUAUGCAAUCAACUCUGGGGACAAGGAGACCUUGAAAGUUCUUCUCAACGCCUGCAGGGCGCGGGGGAAAGAAGUCAUCAUCAUCACGACGGACAAGUCCCCCUCGGGAAGGCAGAAAACGAAACAGUACCUAAACGUGCCUCCUGCAGACCUCGAGGAGUGCCAUUCCCCCACUGCUUGCACUUCCCCGUCGGAAAUAGAGCUGAAAACAUCUCCAUCCCUGCUUACAAGUUCAAACGAAACUAAAAAGGCACUGCUCAACUUUAAAGACCUGGAUCAUCCACAGAGCGUGGACAGUUCAUCUCAGACAGUCUCACCGACGAGAAGAUCCAGCUCAACAAAAACAGGGUCCAAGCUGGCACAAGUGCAGUGGCUGCAGUCUGAGCCUUGGAUAAAAAGCUCUCCAUCGCUCUUUCACCAGAGUAAAAUUGCCUCUUUACAAGAAGAACUUCAGGAUAUUACUCCAGAAGAAGAGCUCUCUUUUAAAAUCGAUGGCCUGGCCUUAUCAAAGAGAUUCAUCACCAGGCACCAAAGUAUUGACAUAAAAGACACCACUCAUUUAUUGAAAACCUUUGAUCAGACUGGAUCCAGGAAAUUAUCAUACGAUGAGAUAAACUCUCAGACUCCUUAUGUUGAAGACAAGCAUAACCCCAGUGGGAUUCCUAUGGGUAAGGAUGCCAGUUCAGGACAAAUCCGCUUCAUUUCAAACCUGAGCAGUAUUAUCCAGAAAAGAAAUUUAGGAGCAAAUCACUACAGCUCUGAUUCUCAGUUAACUACUAGUCUAAGCCCUGCUGCUGCAGAAGACUUUAAGUCAGUGACAGGAAAGAAGAAGAUUCCUUCUCCAUCUCACGCUGUGUUACCAAGUUCUAGAGAAGUACUGGAGAACAUGCCUGCUGUUACUCUGAGCAGGAGAAAUCAAGUUUUUCUAGAAAGGAGGGGUUCAGGACCCUUAUUGUUGGACCACGUGGCUCAGACAAGACCAGGUUUUCUUCCGCCACUGAAUGUGAGUCCUCACCCCCCGGUUCCAGAUAUUACUUUCAUAAACAGGGUUUCUGGGGUGAUUUCUUGUGGACAAACCCACUUAGUACCAGCCGCACCCGCUUUCCCUAGGGAGACCAAAAAUACGAGAAUGCUGCUGAGGAGGCAGUCAUUACAGACUGAGCAGAUUAAGCAACUAGUGAAUUUUUAACAGGGGAUUAACGAGUUACGAAGUCCUUACAAUGUGUACAUAUUUACUGCACUACUGAAUUGUGAUGAUACCUAUUACAAAAGAUAGUAGGUCUGUGAUGUAAGGCACUCUGCCUUGGAAUGUGUUAAAUAGCUUACAGACUACUCCAAAAGAUAAACUUAACUAAUGAUGCUGCUUUAUUGAAACUGAGGAAUGUUUAUUAUACUGUUUUCAUGAUGUUUUCAACUUCAGCACUGAAAUCUUACCUGUGACAGGCGGAACGCACAACAGGUCUCAGGCACUGCAGUUCUCCUUUUAGGUUGGAAAUGCUGUCCCUCCUACGUUUCUGCACCCAGAAGGGUGGUACACGUGGGAUUUGGGAACUCAAAAUAUCUGGCUGUGAUGCUGGAUGCUGGACUGACUCUGUCCGAGUUGUGCCCUAUCCAGAAAUCCCACCCACAGCCGGUGUGCACGCGGGGUGGGCAGUGGCAGGUCUGCACAGUAGCAUCCUCUGGCUUUAGUGGCUUCACCGCACGUAAAUGGACAAUACACAGAGUCAGUAAAAUUCAUGUUGCAGAGCUGUGCCCAGGAAAUCCCAGUUGAAGACUGGGAAGCCUGCCUUUAGGUGCCUUGCUGCCCACUGGAAGUCGGUGUGAUACCAAGAGCACUGGAGAGCUCAAGUUCAGCAACGUGAUUCCUGGAGGCUGAGUCAAGAAGCCACCACAGCGAGGAACAACUCCUGAACAACCUCCUGUAAAAUGACCAAGCCCUGCUGGUGGUGUCAGUGAGGAGCAUCAGUCAACUUGGGCUUCUCAAGCUACACUCGACUGCUGGACUCCACUCAUUUAAAAAGAGGAAGGGUUGGGGGAAGCAGAGGCUGCAUCUAAACCAGGGUCUGCUACUUUCUGUAGUUCCAGACUCUCAAAACACAGAUCUCCAGCUCGUGCAGGAGCUCUUUCUCCCCGGUCACAGGCCUGGGUUUCUUAUCAAGAGGGGAUACAGCUGGUGGGACACAUCCAGAUGUUGUCUCGAUCAGCAAGGACACUUCACACACAUGCUUGGGAGCAAGGAAGAGAGAGCUCUGUCUUGCUCAGACAGACCUAGAAGGAAUCCAACAGCAAUGAUACUCACCUGGGAGGUGGAAGUCCUCCUUUUGCCUGAUUUGAAGCAGAGGACUGAAUUUCUUAGAGAAGAGAAACAUGCCUUUGCCUCCAAGCUGUUGUGUAUUUUUACAUAUCUCUGUGUAAAACCUAUUUUUCCUUCCCAUGUCAUGUUCUGUGAUUCCAAGGGUCUACCUUGUCUUUGUGCACAUCCCAUAGAUGGUUGAUUUCUGGUUGAUUUUAUAACUCAUCUUCUGAAGAUUGAGUAAUAUUGAAUGUGUUCUGUUUUGUCAUAAUUUACAGAAAUUAAUUGUAUUGAAAUUGUGUUUGUAUAAUGUGAAUUUCUGUGUACUGAAAUGAGAAGGUUUUGUUUUGUUUUGUUUUUUGGAAAUGCACAGUGGGUAUUGUCUGCCUUCUUGCAGUUUCAGUCAAAAUUCACCCAGUCUGACAUUUCCUGACAAAUAACUGCAGUGUUACUUAGCUUUGCCCUUAGUACAAGGCAGUGUCAAGUGGAUGAUAAGCAUACAGUCUCUGUAAAUGCCUUUUCAUGUGAAAAUAUAAGGAUGUCCAACAGUUCAUAACAUGCAUGUUCUGAAGAAGGGAACAUUUGACAUCUGGGAAGUACAAGGGUAUGGUUUACAUCUCCACACAGCGGAGUUGUGUAUCAAGUGAUGGUCUGAAACUACAGAUUUAAAUGUUGGAAUCAAUUUUGUGACACAAAAUCUCUGCAGUCUCUGGUGGUGGCUGCCAGAAGGCAGAUGCUCUGACUGUUGGUUCUCUGUCCGGGCUCUCAAAGGUAGCUAGAAUCAGCAGAGAUGUGAAUCUGUAUCACCACUGUCAAAAUUCACUCUUCCCCACCCAAUACAGGUGUGGAAGGCCGUGGUGUCCUUGUCCUCCUGUGGUCACAGCUCAGCUACCUGGUGACAGCUGGGAAGGCCCACGGUGAGCGAUGGCAUUUGACGUCCCCAGAUGUGAUUGUCACACUUGUUUAGCUUCUCGCCCCUCAAGAACCAUCAGUGCCAGUCACAAAAAAUGAGUGCUGGCAAACCCAUUACUUGUUUGGUUUUUAUUUAAUUGGAGAUGGACUCUUCAUCCGCUGAAAGAUUCUUGGUCAUUUAUGGAUUGGCUGGCAAACCCUAGUCUUGGCAUGAACACAAAAAAGAAGUGUUCACUAUGGUAAAAAAAAAUAAUAAGUAAUGCAAACCCAACCCCUGAGUUUGCACAUUAAGCAUCCAAAAAUGAGGAAAUUCCCAAAGUGAAGUUAUUUACAUUUUAAGAGGUAUCAAAUACCAGUGGAAACAUGGUAAAGGUAAUGGGAGUCUUUGGUUCCAUUCAGGUUCUGUCUUCAGGAGAUGUUGCUGGAUCAGCAUCUGCAUAUCCCAGGUAGAAACAAUGUUUACAUGGAAAUCUUUUUAUGACAGAGAAGUUAAAUGGAAUAAUAUAUGUCAAUAUUAAAUUAUUAACUGGUCCCUACAAGCACCAUAAACAGACACAACAGAAUUUUCAAAUAUUUUUAUGAUAUUAUAAAUGGAAAUGGCAAUUUGUAGUCAGCUCACAAUGAAGUUAAUUGAAGCUAAAAAUGCAUCUUUUAAACAAUAUAAAUUGUUUUUUAUAAAAAAAUAAUCAACAGAUCAGGUGUUCAGUAUCUUUGCUGAAAGCAUAAAGCCCAAUUUCUGCUAUAUUGAUUUUAAAACUAAGUACAGAUAUGGGGUUACUGAUCCCUCAACUGAAAUGGUAAUUUUGCUACGAAAUGCUCAGACAACAGAGGGAAAUGGCGAAUGUCUCAAAAAGUGAAGUUUUUCUGUAGCGUUGCCAGUAUUUUGUGCUUACUUUUGAUGCAGAUGUGAAAGGUUGACAUUAAUGUUUAUUGUUGCAUCGGUGUUAAAAGUGACCUUCAAAGGAAAAAAAAAAAAACAAUUCACUUUUGUUCUCUUGAUGUUGUUACGGUGCAUAAAUAAAAGUUAUUUUUUUCCCCAAUUC